AUGAGCAGAAGGAAACAGACCUUCGUUGUAAGAGAUGAUGCUUCGCAGUCCCAGAAUGACAUGGGUGCACCAUCGCCUAAACGAUCAAAAGAUGCUGCACGAAAGCGACUAGAGAGAGAAAAUGAAAGCGAAGAGCAGACUGCGGCUCGACAUCUCACGAACUCCCGAAGUUAUGCAAAAUCUAGGGAAAACGAAACUGUCCCCGAGACUUUAGCAAGGCUAGAACGGCGGAGAACUAAUCGAAUUAAUGCAGCUGAUCGCAGAAUACAAGCUACUUGCCGAAUGGCAUUAAUCAACGAAAUAGACGAGUCUCAAUUUCCCUUACACAAUAUUGGACAAUUUGAUGUUAUUUGCAAUGACUGCAAUGCUAUUCAUUUUGAAAACGAAAGAGCAGGAGAUGGAAAAUUUACUGUUUGUUGUAAUAAGGGUAAAGUAAAAUUACCCGAAAUUCAGACCAAUGAUUACAUUAAGGGAUUGUUGACAGGAACAGACCCUGAUUCAAAGCACUUUUUUGAUAACAUCCGAUCCUAUAAUAGUGCAUUUGGUUUUGCAUCUGUUGGAGCUCAAAUUAGAGCACCUCCAGGUUUCGGCCCGUACUGCUUUAGAAUCCAUGGUCAAAUAUACCAUAGAACAGGAACAUUACAUCCUGAAGGGAGUGAACCUAGGAAGUAUGCUCAAAUUUAUAUUCUUGAUCAAGAACAAGCUACUGCCCAGAGAAUGAAUCAACCAGCCAACGCAAGUUGUAAAGAGCGCAUAAUGACAAAAUUAUUUGAUAUAAUGCAGCACAAUGAUCUUGCAAAAGCAUACAAAAUGUUAUAUGAAGUUGAACAGGAGGAGAAAGAUAAGGCAGCUCGCGAAGGACGAGUAGAAAAUCAGAUUUCGAUGGCCAUUUUACAAAACCGAAAUUCUGAUCCAAGGCGAUAUAAUGUCCAACGGAGCAAUGAAGUUGCAGUUAUUUUUAGCAACACAGAUGGAGAACCCCCACUAGAAAGAGAUCUAUUGGUUCACCUAAGAUCAAGAGGACAAAAUGUUCAUGGAACUAAAAGAAUUAGCAUUCUCCAUAAAAAUUUAGAUUCGAUGACAUAUCCAAUUUUUUAUCCUAAUGCGGAACAAGGUUGGGGUGAAGAUUUGACCCUGAUUAAUACUGGCAAUACGAGAAGAAACAAAGCAAGAGUGGCUGAUGAACUUGCAGCCGACUUGGCAAUUUUUAAUCCUGCUGAAGCCCCUGUAGCAACUAAUAAGCGGAAACGUAUCAUGUUUCUGAAGCUCAUGAUGCAAUACCUGGAAAAAGAAUUAUUUUGCCCUCAACCGGAUUUGUUUGUCACAAUGACUUGCAAUCCGAAAUGGGAUGAGAUAGUUCAAAAUUUAAGAACCGGAGAGCGAGCAGAAAAUAGACCCGAUUUAGUAGCUAGAGUGUUUAAACUCAAACUGAAAGAACUUCUUGAUGAUUUGAUCGAAAAACAAGUCUUUGGUACAGUUUUGGCUAAAGUGCAUGUUAUCGAAUUUCAGAAACGAGGUUUACCUCAUGCUCACAUUUUGAUUAUCUUGAAACUGGAAGAUAAACCUAGAACAGCGACGUUGAUUGACAAAAUUGUUAAAGCAGAAAUUCCCAAUAAAGAUACACAUCCACGAGUAUUUGAGGUUGUGACAAAAAAUAUGAUUCAUGGCCCGUGCAAUAAGCCAGGAUCUAGAUCACCAUGUUUAAUAAUUGGACUUAAACCUAAAUGUUGUAAAGGAUUUCCAAAGCCUUUCCAAUCAGAAACACAAAACAAUGUCAAUGGUUAUCCAGCAUAUCAAAGACGAAAUUUAGGUACCGUGGUACUCGACAACCAAACUGAAAUUAAUAACAGCUGGGUUGUCCCUUACAACCCUUAUUUAAGUUUGAAAUACAAUUGUCAUGUUAACGUGGAAGUGUGUGCAUCUAUAAAAAGUGUUAAAUACCUCUUUAAAUAUGCCUACAAAGGACAUGAUUGUGCUAAUGCACAAAUAAGUAUCGAUGAAGUACAGACGCAUGUCGAUUCAAGAUACGUCAGCCCACCUGAAGCGGCCUGGCGAAUUUUUAAAUUUAAAAUGCAAGAUCAAAGUCAUACCGUUAAACGGUUGGCUGUGCAUCUUCCAAAUGAUCAAUCAGUCACAUUUGAUCCUGAUGAAAUUGACGAAGCAAUUCAAAAAGCUGAACAUAGAGAUUCGACUUUGAUGGCUUGGUUCAAGCUAAAUCAGACAAAACAUGAAGCUCGAAAUUUUAAGUAUCAUGAAAUUCCAGAGCAUUAUGUAUUUAAUGCAAAAUGUCAGUGGGUGAUUCGCCAAAGAGGACAAGAAACGACAAUUGGUCGAAUGUAUCCCGUAAAUAUGAGAGACACUGAAAGGUACUUCUUGAGAUUAUUACUUUUACACGUAACAGGGGCAACGUCUUUUGAUGCCCUCAGAACAUUUAAUGGACAAAUAUUUCCGACAUUUUAUGAAGCCGCAUUGGCUAGAGGACUUACUAUGAAUGAAAGCGUUUGGGAUGACACUCUUAACGAUGCAGCAUAUUCCUCUAUGCCAAGACAACUCAGAGAGUUAUUUGCAUAUAUUUGCGUGUUCGGGGGUUUCGCUGAUGCUAGAGAUCUCUGGAAUAAGCAUAGAGAAAAUUUAGUCGAAGACUUUGCUAGAGUUCACGGUCAUCCUCCUGGAUCCACGUGCGAAGGCUGUGAUAAUUACACCCUGAGAGAUAUUCAAGAUACCUUGAUUGGCCAUGAACACAAAUGUUCCGACUUUCAACUUCCUGAUCCGCCUAGAGAUAUGCUAAUAAAUAUGAUUAACUUUGCUGAAAUUGAAGUUGAGAGGGAAUUAGGGGAACAGCUGAACGCUACCCUCAACAGCGAACAAAGAGCAGCAUUUGCUGAGAUCGAAACUGCAAUGAAAUCUGAGGUUGAUGGCAGUAAAUGCUUCUUUUUAGAUGGGCCAGGAGGAAGUGGAAAAACUUAUGUUUACAAGACAUUGUUGAGUCAUGUUAGAGGACAAGGAGAGAAUGCCCUACCAGUUGCUUCAACCGGUAUUGCUGCAAAUCUUUUAAAAGGCGGAAGAACCUACCAUUCUCAAUACAAGCUUCGUCUGAAAAUUGACGAAACUACCGUAUCUGGAAUAACAAUGAUGAGUAAAGAUGCCGAUAUAAUCAAAAAGGCGAAAUUAUUGAUUUGGGACGAAUCAACAAUGGCACCUGCUCAUGCACUAAAUUGUGUUAAUCGAUUACUUAGAGAGAUUAUGGAAAAAAAUGUUCCUUUUGGAGGGAAAGUUUUGUUAUUGCCGACAAACACUUCCAAUUAUUUCUCACGGAGACGCAGUUGCAGUAGUACAAAUAUUGAGUACAGCAAUUGGCUCAUGAAACUUGGUAAUGGAGAACUGAAAAAUCAAGAUGGUUUGAACGAAAAUUUGAUUGAAAUUCCUGAAAGCAUGUUAACCUCCGAAAAUAUAAUUAAAGAUAUUUUUGGCGAAACUCUGACUCCAGACAACGUAGAACAAUUCUCACAAAGAGCAAUAUUAUGCCCAACCAAUGACGAGGUGGAUAAUAUUAAUGAAAAAAUCUUGGAGAUAUUGGAAGGCGAGGCAAAGACAUACAUAAGCUCUGAUUCGUUGGUUACUGACGAAGACUCUGACAGAAACGAUUAUCCUGUAGAAUUUUUGAAUAGCUUAAAACCCUCAGGUUCGGCACCGCAUGAAUUAAAUUUAAAGAAAGGCGCUUUGAUUAUGUUAUUGAGGAAUUUGAAUACAAAACGUGGUUUGUGCAAUGGAACUCGACUGAAAAUAAUUGAUCUGAAACCAAAUUUGAUUAUUGCAAAAGUGCUUACAGGAUCGGCAGAAGGAAACGUUGUAUUUAUACCACGAAUUGAUCUUAUUACUGAUUCCGAUCUGCCUUUCCAGCUGAAGAGAAGACAGUUUCCGGUGAAGCUUGCCUUUGCUAUGACUAUAAAUAAAUCACAAGGACAGACUAUGGACAAAGUAGGGAUUUAUUUACCAACUCCAGUGUUUGGUCAUGGACAACUUUAUGUUGCUUUCUCUCGAGUCCGAAGAUCGUGUGAUGUGAAAGUACACGUAGUGACAACUUUAGAGCAUGGGAAGCUGUUACCAGAUUCGAAUAAAAUAUUUACAAGAAAUGUAGUAUACAAAGAUAUCCUAUUCCGAUGA